CACAAUAAUGGGCGGGCUCUGAGGUUCGGCAGGGAGGGGACCUCCGCUGGUUGUUAGGGUGAGAGUACCGCGGCUCGGGUCCAGGAAGCGGGAGAGCCGAGCACGGGAUCGGAUCGGGAGGCCGGGGCCGAGUCGGAGAGGCAGAGCUGAGAACCAGAAAUUAAUUUAUAAGUCAUGGCUUCCAUGUUGAUGCACACAUUUAGAAUUGUACCCACCAAUGUGAAAUGGGCUGCAAAAUUAAAUUUGCGUUUAUUGAGCUCUGUUUCUUCUACUCAAUCCCAAGUGAAAUCAAGCACCAAGAAAACUCUAGCAAAACCAGGGUUGAGAAAUGUUGUUCUGGUUGAAGGUGUCCGAAUUCCAUUCCUGUUGUCUGGUACCACGUAUGCAGAAUUGAUGCCUCAUGAUUUAGCCAGGACAGCACUAAAGGGACUACUUACAAGAACCAAUGUCCCAAAACCAGAUGUUGACUAUAUUGUAUUUGGUACUGUUAUUCAGGAGGUCAAAACAAGUAAUGUUGCACGAGAGGCUGCACUUGGAGCAGGAUUUUCAGAGAGAACUCCAGCCCACACUGUAACAAUGGCUUGUAUUUCUUCGAAUCAGGCAAUGACUACAGCUUUUAGUCUAAUUGCUUCCGGUCAGUGUGAUACAAUAAUAGCAGGUGGUGUAGAAUUCAUGUCUGACGUUCCCAUCCGUCACAGCAGGAAAAUGAGGAAGGCCUUACUUUCGUUUCCCAGAGCUAAGACACUAGGACAGAAAUUGGCUCUCCUUGGAAAAAUCCGCCCAGACUUUUUUGCUCCUGAGCUUCCAGCGGUAGCUGAAUUCUCCACCAACGAGACGAUGGGACAUUCUGCAGACAGACUUGCAGCAGCAUUCGGUGUAUCCCGGAGAGAACAAGAUGAAUUUGCUUUGCGUUCACAUUCUUUGGCCAAGAAAGCAGAAACUGAGAAGCUUCUUAAAGAUGUCAUUCCAUUCAAAGUGCCAGGCCAUCACACCGUCACCAAAGAUAAUGGAAUUAGACCAUCCUCGAUGGAACAGCUGGCUAAAUUGAAGCCAGCCUUUAUCAAACCACAUGGAACCAUUACUGCUGCCAAUGCUUCUUUCCUGACAGAUGGUGCUUCUGCUGUGUUAAUCAUGUCUGAAGAUAAAGCGCUGGCUAUGGGCUACAAACCACUGGCUUAUCUAAGGGACUUUGUAUAUGUCUCACAGGAUCCAAAAGACCAGUUGCUGCUUGGGCCAACAUAUGCAACUCCUAAGGUUUUGGAGAAAGCUGGAUUAACGCUUAAUGAUAUUGAUGUCUUUGAGUUCCAUGAAGCUUUUGCAGCACAGAUCCUGUCUAAUAUGAAAGCUAUGGAUUCAGAAUGGUUUGCAAAAACCUAUAUGGGCAGAAAAACUAAGGUUGGUGUUCCUGAAAUGGAUAAGUUUAACUGUUGGGGUGGUUCAUUAUCCCUGGGACAUCCGUUUGGUGCCACUGGUUGUCGCCUCAUUACAACGGCUGCUCAUAGACUGAUUGCAGGAGGUGGACAAUAUGCACUUGUUGCUGCUUGUGCUGCUGGAGGACAGGGUCAUGGAAUGAUUGUUGAAACCUAUCCCCAGAAAUGAAAUGUGCUUUCCUAAUCAGCACCAAUCCAGUGUAACUGAGAGUUAAAUGAAGAUCAGAAAUAUUCUGCUCAUCUGAAAACACCAUCCACAUUUGACAAUUAAAAAAAAAUUAAACCAUUAAAUAUGUAUCUCAAAUAAGGAGCUUUGGCCAGCUUUUAGUUUAUGAUUUUCUUAAUGUACAUUAUAAGCCUAAUUCUGCCUUCCAGCUAAGAAUAUAGUUUCUUAGUGAUUUGUAAAAAGAUUAAAUAGGAUAUGCAGAAGAAUGGAGAUGCAGUAAUAUCAAAUUGUGCCUUAUUCAUUAAUAAACCAUGUUUUGUGAA